AUGGCUGACGAGAAGAGUAAACCCAGCGCACUUCACGUGUGCUCUACAAUACUCCCAAAGGGCGCCCCUUCAUCAAAUAUCAUACCCACUAAGGAUGGGCCAGACCGCCUUGCCAUGCCUACCAGUAGCUUCUGGCCGAAUGGAAAGAAGCUUCGCGUAAAGCUUCUCCCUGGUGCCAGCAAGAAGGUUCAGGACAAAGUCAAAUACUAUGCACAACAGUGGGAGAACUAUGCAAACAUCGACUUCAGAUUCGUGGACGACGAUGACGCCGAAAUUCGCGUCUCAUCUGUGUUGGAUGGCUCAUCUUGA